AGGAUACAAUCUUGUUUAGAUUCGAGUACUUUGUGUGUUUUCCCUAUGACGCGGUAAGUCCCGCGGUGACUAAUCUCGAUUACUUUAUCUCGUUGUGUGUCGCUGCGAUAUCAUGUUGAGUUCAGAUUCUUCAGAAGACUAUUACGAGAUCUCAAGCGAGAUGUCAGACGACUACGACCACUUUUUCGACCAGUUCAAGAGCCGAGCGAUGAGCACGGGCACGCUCCUGCUGGCGCUGGCGCUUCUGGCGCUGCUGGUGGCGCUGGUGGCCUGCUGCUGCCGCCGGCGUAAGGCGCAGGGGCAGGUGCUGUCGCCCCCGCCGCCCGCGCCGCCGGGGCCCCUGCAAGCGGUGCAGGCGCCCUACCCACAGCAGCAAUACGCGCCUGCACCUUACCCUGUUGCUACAUCGUAUCCGACACAAUCGGCCGCACCGUAUCCGACGGCCGCGCCGUAUCCAGCGGCGGCGCCGUAUCCUGCGAGCGCGGGCCCCAUGCCCGUGCCGGGCGGCGGGUACCCGGCGCCGUUCCCGGCCCCGUACCCCAGCGCGACCCCGUACCCGGCCGCCCCGUUCCCGCAGCCCCUGUCCGACGCGCACUACCCGACCGCGCCUAGCGCGCCAGAGGCUCAUGCGUUGCCGCCGUCGUACGAGCAGGCGACAGGAACCAAGAACCCUCCGUACCCCAUGCACUAAGCGGCGAUGCCACGCUCGCUACCGGCCCGUGUCGUCGCACCGGCGCAGCCUGAAAUACGUCCUCCUGUUUCAAGACACUCCUUACAGGGAUUUUCUCUAGAAAUGACUUAGUUUUCUGAUUUUAUCUAGAAAUUACUUAGUUUACUGAUUGAGUUGAAAUGUACCUGAAUAGGACCGUAGCUAGAAAAGUUUGAUUUUAGAAUUACAGCACGGGCAUGCAGCGGGUUUCAAGAAAGCGUUAGAUAUUGAAGAUGGCUAUCCCACGGAUAGUGAGGUGAUUUUAAUGCUGCAGUGUGCGAUUAUAUUGAUGAUCUGAAAUGCUGCAAAUAGUACAUUAUUGUCGAGGCUCGGAAGUAGCUACUUGCUGGCUGAGGAUUCGUUUUAAACGGACGACCUUGGGAGUCCGUUUAAUUGAAUCCGAAGCCAGCAAGUAGCCUUCCAGCCGAGUCAUAUAUAGUACUUUUCUCAAAAAUGGUGCAAGAAAUAUAAAUAUCAUAGAAAUAUUUUACAAAAGCAACAUUCUUACGAUUAUAUUUUCACAGAAAAAAGCCCUUGCCGCCAUUUUAUUUUUUUAAUAAAAAAAUAGAAGUGUAUUUUUCUGCCAAAAAUACGCCAAGCUAUUUGAGACAGCUAAAUAGUCGCGGUAUUAAUCAUCUGUUUGGCUGUUUAAUGGGCCUGUGCCUUCAUUUGAUAUGGCCAUUUCAACUUUUAAAAAGUUUGGAACUCGACAAAUAAUGGAAUUUGUAUGCAACAUUGCAGUCCCAAAAUCGAGACUGCAAUGUUUUUAACUUUUUAAUUUAUGACUGACCAUAAACUACGCCCUUAGCGACCUAUUUUUUAGACGGCAAAGUCGACUUUGCCGUCCAUUUUUGAGAAAAAGUUAAUGUGGGAUGAAAUUUAAGAAUAGGAGUGGCUUAAUGGAUAUAACCUACAUAUGAAAGGCUGCUAAGCUAUGAUCCUGUAAUGUACGUACCUAUUUUGUUUUCUUCAAUGUUUAUGGGGUAGAGAUUAUAUUUUAUGAUGUAAUUAUUAUAUUUGUAUCGAAACUAAGGGUUGAUCUCCAAAUGCUCAACAUAAGUCUUGAAAACGGAGCUGUCGCGGAGGGCACAACAGAACAAAUGUGAUUUUAUAAGAAUUAAUCAAUGUUUAAUUAAGAAUUUAUGUUGUAUAAUUUUAGUUUUUUUACUUAUUUACAUGGUUGUUGCUAUCGGCCCUUAUUUCAGAACACAAAAACAGUUUGGCUGAGGUAUAGUGGAUGUUUAAGAUUUAUGUUUACUCUUCCAUUACCUUAUAGCCGAUCGUACAUUUGGAGUAGGUACUUAUGAAAAGGGGCUCAAGAAGUCAAGAGUCAACUCUCAAGACUGAUUAGAGAUGUAGAGUUUGACGCGAAAUAGGUCGUGUGUCUGAAAAGGACGGCCUGUAGCAACAAACAUCGAGACACAAACUCACAUGACUGCACACAGGGCCGCUUCUUUUCAUGUUUUAGUAGUAUUUCUUCUAGAGGCGCGUAUAAACGAGCACCAUUUUCAAAGCUAUUGUUGGUAUCUGAUAACCACUGUGCAAAUGAUGGUGGUAAGGUAGCUACAUUAGACGCUGUUCAACGAAGGAUUAUGGCGCCUCUCAUAUGUUUGGAUGUAUGGUCUUAAGUAGUCUAUGGGAUUUAGGUUGAAGCGGCUCUGUGGAAUCCCUUCCUAAACUGCCUCUAUUUAUUAUUGUUACAAGAGAUUAUUUCUUCUGACAUUUCUGGUCAGAUUGACUUGUAUUUUGUCAAAUGAUAUGUAAUUGUAAAUAUAUGUUGUAUGAAUAGUCAAAAACUUUGUGUAUUAUUAGCCAGUUACGAGUCUGACACAUACCUCCAAUAACUCAAAUAAGUCUACCAAUUUAAACUAGUCGAUGUAAACUGGACUCUGUGUAUUGCAGAUAAGAUCGAAAUUUAAGUGUUUUACGCACCUAAGUAUAAACUUCUAAUAUUCAUGUUAUCAUGUACAAUAUUUAUGUGCCAGGUAACAAGUAUGUAGGUAGGUCCUAAUAACUCGGUAACGAAAAUUUCUAAGUGCUCUUGUGCACCUAUACAGAGUGGAAAGUUUAAAUGAGUCAGUAUGCGCAGCUAUUAAUCUCUUGGCGCCAUGUGAGAGAAUAGUACUUUAUCGGACGUUUAAAUAAUGUUGAAUGAAAGAAUGAAAAAAGUAGACAAGAAAAUAUAAUGAAAACGGGUACAUGUUAAUUUUAAAUUUUAUACACCCGAGUAAUGUACCCGUUAGAUUAAUUGUUCUGUGUAUAUAUAAUAUAUGUACGCAUAAAUGUUUUUAUUAUUCAUAAAAUAAAUGGUAGAUUUAGAAGUUAUAUAAAUUUAUUUUCUCCGGUAUUCUGAUUAUUUGGCUUUAAGUUAGAACAUUAAGGUGCAUUUUGUUAAUAAAAUAUUUGUCAUAACGUAUGGAUGUUUUGUACCUACCAAAUAUAAUAAAUUGUUAAUUAUUU